CCUCCAUCUUCAGCUUCUUCUUCUUCUUCUUCUUCUCGGAAUAGAAUGGGUUCGCUCUGUGCCCUAGACGAACCUCUGCGAUAUCCCCCUGCUCGCAGAGACGAAUCAGUCGUUGAUGACUACCAUGGCGUUAAGAUUGCUGACCCUUAUCGAUGGCUCGAAGAUCCUGAUGCGGAAGAAGUGAAAGAGUUUGUAGAGAAACAGAUUCAAUUGACGGAUUCCGUAAUUCAACAAUGCGAGACUAGAACAAAGCUUAGUGAAACGAUUACCAAGCUAUUUGACCAUCCUCGUUUUGGUGCUCCUUAUAGGCGAGCUAGUAAGUACUUUUACUUCCACAACACUGGGCUUCAGCCACAAGACAUCCUCUAUGUGCAGGACAGUUUGGAGGGAGAACCAGAGGUUUUGCUUGACCCCAAUGCCUUCAGUGAAGAUGGCACUGUCUCACUGAGCACGGCGUCGGUGAGCGAAGAUGCCAAGUACUUGGCUUAUGCGCUUAGUUCAAGCGGCAGUGAUUGGGUAACUAUAAAGGUACUGCGUAUUGAGGACAAGAAUGUUGAGCCUGAUACUUUAUCAUGGGUCAAGUUUUCCUCCAUUAGUUGGACACAUGAUAGCAAAGGUUUCUUUUAUAGCCGAUAUCCAGCACCCAAAGAUGGAGAAGUAGUAGAUGCUGGGACUGAAACGAAUGCUAACCUUCAUCAUGAGCUCUAUUAUCAUUUUUUGGGUGCAGAUCAAUCAGAAGAUAUUUUAUGCUGGAGAGAUCAUGAAAACCCUAAAUAUUUGUUUGGAGGAAGUGUUACUGAUGAUGGGAAGUAUGUUCUUCUCUAUAUUGAAGAAGGGUGUGAUCCAGUUAACAAAUUUUACUACUGUGACUUGUCUGAACUUUCGGAUGGACUGGAAAGUUUUCGGAAUAAAAAUGCCCUCCUCCCAUUUGUCAAACUCAUUGAUGAAUUUGAUGCGAAGUAUGAAGCCAUUGCAAAUGAUGAUACUGUGUUUACAUUUUUAACUAAUAAAGAUGCUCCAAAAUAUAAACUAGUCCGAGUAGAUCUGAAAGAACCAACUGCUUGGGCUGAUGUUCUCCAUGAGUCUGAAAAAGAUGUACUUGAGUCAGCAUGUGCUGUAAAUGGUAACCAACUGAUAGUGAGCUACUUGAGUGAUGUGAAGUAUCUUCUACAAGUAAGAGACUUAGAAACAGGUUCCUUGCUGCAUCAAUUACCAAUUGACAUUGGUACAGUUGAUGGAAUUUCGGCACGGCGUGAAGAUAAUGUGGUUUUCAUUAGCUUUACAAGUUUUUUAACUCCUGGGACCAUAUACCAGUGCAACCUGGGAACAGAGAUUCCUAAUAUGAAGAUAUUUCGUGAAAUUGUUGUCCCUGGGUUUGACCGCUCUGGGUUUCAUGUUAAUCAGGUUUUUGUGCCUAGUAAAGAUGGUACCAAGAUCCCAAUGUUCAUUGUUUCCAGAAGGGAUAUUACUUUGGAUGGUUCACACCCUUGUUUGUUAUAUGGAUAUGGUGGUUUUAACAUAAGUCUUACCCCAUCUUUCAGUGUCAGUCGCAUUGUACUCACAAGACAUUUAGGUGUUGUGUUCUGCAUAGCGAAUAUUCGUGGUGGUGGAGAAUAUGGGGAGGAAUGGCAUAAAGCAGGCUCCCUUGCAAAAAAGCAGAAUUGCUUUGAUGACUUCAUUUCUGCAGCUGAAUACCUUGUAUCUACUGGUUAUACCCAACCCAGAAAGUUAUGCAUUGAAGGUGGAAGCAAUGGUGGACUUCUUGUUGGCGCUUGUAUAAAUCAGAGACCUGAUCUUUUUGGCUGCGCACUGGCUCAUGUUGGUGUUAUGGACAUGCUACAGUUCCACAAAUUUACCAUAGGUCAUGCUUGGACAUCAGAUUAUGGUUGUUCAGACAAGGAGGAAGAGUUUCAUUGGCUAAUCAAGUACUCACCAUUACAUAAUGUCCGUCGACCGUGGGAACAGCAUCCCGACCAGUCAAUUCAGUACCCAUCAACCAUGUUGUUGACAGCUGAUCAUGAUGACCGUGUUGUGCCACUGCACUCAUUGAAGCUAUUGGCGACAAUGCAGUAUGUCCUCUCUACGAGUUUGGAGAAAAGUCCCCAGACGAACCCUAUAAUUGGUCGCAUUGACUGCAAGGCUGGACAUGGAGCGGGUCGUCCAACACAAAAAAUGAUCGAUGAAGCCGCUGACCGUUAUGGUUUUAUGGCCAAAAUGUUAGAAGUGCAUUGGAUUGAAUAAUUUCAUUCAGACAAUACCCGGGAACCAUUUUGCUUCUCUGUUCUUCACUUCUGACACGAAAGUAUCUUGGAACAUUUGAUGCUCAGAGAAGUGGCCAGCGGCGAGUUAGAUUUGAAGUUAAGAUGCUACCAUACCCAAAUGAAUUCUCAAUCAUUUAUUAGACAUUAGUUUCAGAAUUAAUAUUUUAAAAUUCAUUAAAUAAUUAAUCAUGAAUGUAUGUUUCCUAAAUAUUGGUACCCAAAUAUAUGUCAUACCCUUGGUAUUGUACUUAGUAAGUUGCCAAGAUUUUUAUUGAAUGCUGAUUUAAUAAUGAAUGCUCAAA